GCAGGGGGUGUGUUUGUUUAGCAUGACGAAAUGUUUUGUUUUGUUCUCCGGUGAAAUGAGUCUGAGGAGCUAAAGCUGGCAGCUACGACGGCAAACGCUUUUCAGUGACUUUGCACCAGCCCACAAGAAGACAAAGCCAUGGGGAAUACAAGCAGCGAGAGGGCUGCCAUGGGCCAGGGGGAGAAGGCUCAGCGGAGGGACAGCAGGGGUACCAAGGAGGGAGAGAGGCCAAAAAUUCUGAUGGACAGCCCAGAGGAUGCAGAUAUUUUUCACGGUGAAGACAUGAAAGCUCCUUUAGAGAAAGAGGAGUUCCUUGCAUGGCAGCAAGACUUGGAAGCAGAUGACAAAGGGCCGACUUUAGACCGACCGACGGUCUUUCGGUGGACAGGAGAUGGAAAGGAAGUCUACAUCUCUGGAUCCUUCAACAACUGGGCCAACAAGAUUCCCCUUAUAAGAAGUCAGAACACCUUUGUGGCCAUUGUUGAUCUACCUGAAGGGGAGCAUCAGUACAAGUUUUAUGUGGAUGGCCAGUGGACCCACGACCCAGCUGAGCCAGUUAUAACCAGUCAACUUGGGACAGUCAACAACGUCAUCCAGGUGAAGAAAACUGACUUUGAGGUGUUCGACGCUCUAAUGGUAGACUCGCAGAAAUGCUCUGACAUGUCAGACCUCUCUAGCUCUCCUCCCGGGCCGUAUCACCAGGAUGCCUAUGUACCUAAACAGGAAGAAAAGAUUAAGUCUCCACCCAUACUCCCACCUCACCUGUUACAGGUCAUCCUCAACAAAGACACUGGAAUUUCUUGUGACCCUGCAUUACUCCCAGAACCCAACCAUGUCAUGCUCAACCACCUCUAUGCUCUCUCCAUUAAGGAUGGAGUGAUGGUGCUCAGUGCGACACAUCGCUAUAAGAAGAAGUAUGUCACCACCUUACUAUAUAAGCCCAUCUGAUUGAAGACUGACUUUUUAAUCCUGCCCGAGUGUGUCAACUGUACACUGAGUAUACAACAUAUUAGCUCCAUCUGUUCUUUCCAUAACAGAGAGAGAGAGAGCACCCCCCCG